UUGGAAUUUAUUAUGUCAUUAUGAUAUAUUUUCUAUUUAAAUUAUUUUACUUUUCCAGAACAAAUAUGUACUCUCCCGAAAGCUAAAAAAGAUAAACAAGCAUUUUGGCCGCAAAUAGUUAUAAUUAAACCUCUCGGUGAGUCUCCGUUUGAAUAAAUACGUUACUAUUCUAUACACUCAAAUUUUGAGAUACCAUUUUUGACUAAUCGUAUAUAACCUUCUUUCAUAUUCAUCACUUACAAAAGUGCUAAUCUCAUUCCAGUCCUUUCUUUCAAACGGUACCUUAUUCAUCAGCGAUGUAUAUGAUUACUUUAUACCGUUUUUGAUAUUAUUAUAGCCGAACAGAUGUUGGCUUUUCAACAUCGUCCUCCUAUGGGUGAGUAGAUUAGCAGUAGUCGAAAUUAAAAAAGUUAAAAUAAAUAACCAGAGCACUUGAUAAGUGAUGAAAGGCCGGUGGACGGACUUAGUCCAAUUCAACGUUUAAAGUCUGCCUUCAGCCUCACUGUAUAGAGUUGCUCAAAAGGAUUGACCUUUCAGAAUAUCUGCUAUUGUUAUUGUCCUUUAUAACUGCUAAUUAGCACCCCAAUUUGGAUUAAUUUUAACUUGUAUUUGUUUGAACGUGUUUCUUUUUAUUAGCUAUAGACGAUCGGUAACACUAUUUUACUAAUUUCCAAGGCAUGUUAUACCUUAAUAUUUUGUAGCCCUGUGUUGUUUUUUUAAGAUUUCGUGAGUAUGAAAAUGUAUAAACUUUAAUAAGUUUUCAUUUCGACUUCAAACCUCUUCUUCUUUAUAACCUUUUCUUAAACUUUAGCCGUCAGUCUUACGUUUUCAGUUGAAUAUAUUAUUUAAAAGUAACUUGGCUGACAUUGGCAUUUGUUUUUUUUUCGGCAGGGAAUCCUUAUAACAUGCCUAAUCACCUGUAUGAACAGUUCAUGGGUUAUAAUCAUCCUAGCUUACCACCAAUGCACCAACCAACACACACACAAGUAACAUAUAACGACAAUCAAAACAUAUACACGACGACGACGACUGUUCACACUACCACAACAAAGGCUCCGAUACCAGAAACCCAAACUGAGGAACAAAGCUAUUAUCCUCCAAUGUCGAGCAUAAUAAUACCUCCGUCCGGUGAAGCAAAUAUCAGUUACAAUGACGAAACCGAAGAAGACGAAAGCAACAGUGACAGUGAUAAUGAUAAUGAUAAUGAUCAAUCGGAAAGUGGUAAGUUUUCACAAAAGGAGGCAUAAUAACUUGAACAUACCGACAACAAACACCUUCAGAUGACCCGGACAGGAAUUCUCUCCUACUGUCUAAACGCACAUACUGUUUGACUGAAUCGUGGUCUCAAGAGGAUUUCCAUGGCGUUACAAGAAGAUCCCAAAUUUCGGAAUUCAUCAAAAUCUAACUUCAGUUUUGGUUUUGACGAUCUUAGAUAUUGGGCAUUAUACUUUCAGAUUAUUUCACAGCACAAAAAUACAAAAUACGCUAUCUUCAACUUUACACCUUUAUCUUGAGGAUAAAAUAAAAUUUAAGUCUUACCAAAAUAAAUACAUCUUUUAACACAUCAACUUGUUCAUUUUAUUUUCCUUACCUGCAUCGUUGACCUUUACUUUGAUCCCUAUUGACAUCGUUAAUCGUUAUACGAUAUCUUUCCAAUAACCUUCACCCAUGUUUAUAUCCUAUCCUCCUACAUGUAUCUAUAUCUCUACUGUGUAAUUUAGAAAAUUUGGUACAUUUAUAAAAUGACACAUGUAUGUACCUUAUCUGUUUUUCGUCAUCUUUGUCUACUGAUAUACCAUUGUAUUUAUUCCGUGUGAAUCUAAUUUAUUUAAAAUAAGUAUUGCAGUAUUUGAAAUAAUUUCAUAAUUUCGUACCAUACGAGACAUCAACAUACAUUACGCACGCCAAGUCCAAUCAAUCGCAAAAUCUCCCAGUUGAAAAUUUGGAAAAGUAACGCCCAUGUUCA